AUGGCGAAAGUCAAGGUGGCACCAAUAAAAGCCAAAUUCGAUACACAGACUCGAGUGCUCGGCGCGGUUCUAGCAGCGAGGUUGUUGACCGCCCUGAGACACCACUUAGGAUUCCCGAUCCACUCCCACCACCUCUACUGCGACAACGCAUCGGUAAUCGGGUGGAUGCGGUCUGACGCGGAAAAAUGGAAACCAUACGUUGCGAACAGGAUCAGGAGGAUCCGCUCGCUGAUAGGCGACGCCACAUUCAACUACGUUAAAAGCGAAGAUAACCCAGCUGAUCUGAUCACGCGUCGGAGCUCAGACCUCGCAGACCCGAAACAAGCGAGUCUCUGGACCCAGGGCCCUUCAUGGUUGAAGAACCCUCAGGAGAUUCCCUUUAGAGUGGAACUGAAUCUCCGAAGCGGCGACACACCGACGGCCGUGGAGAGGGAGCGAAAGGCGACACCGACGAUUUCUAGUUGCUUCCUGUCUUCGGCAGCGAAGGGUCAAGAACCGAUAUUUUUCGAGAAUCUAUUCUCAUCGUGGUUGAAAACGAUCAGAUUCUGGGCCUUUAUGAAACGCAUAAAAACGAAAGCCCAAGAUGCAAAAGCAAGACUGCUCAAAGGCUCACCAAGUCCACGAGCCUUGUCAGCAGAGGACAGGAACGCGAAAACAUAUUCUCCCUUUAUGGAUGAACAAGGCUUCAUUCGCUGCAGGACUCGACUGACUCAAUCGGAUCAAUUGACGGACAAUCAGAAAUUUCCGAUCAUCCUCCCUCCAGGGGGAGGUCUCUGCAAGCAGAUAAUUCGAUAUACGCAUGAGCGAAAAUGUUUUCACUCGGGGGGAGUUGCCGCUACACUCCACGAAUUGAGGAAGGAUUUCCUCAUCCUCCACGCGAGGAAGCUAACCCGUCAAGUCAUUUCGGAAUGUACCACUUGCAAGAUCUUCCGAGCAGAAGCGGCAUCUCUGCCUAUGGCCACACUCCCGAAAUUUCGAAUAGAACAAGCGAACCCGUUCCAGCAUGCAGGCUGCGAUUUCUCAGGACCCUAUCGCUACAAGAAGGAUUCCGGUGAGACCGGGAAGGCCUAUAUUCUGCUGUUCGAUUGCUGCGUGAGCCGGGCUGUCCACCUUCAACUGACAACGGACUUGUCAACAGUCGAAGUUUUAGGUGCGUUGCAGAAAUUCAUAAAUCGGUACCCGUUCGUCGAAACGAUCAACAGCGAUAAUGGACUCUCUUUCCAACGGGCUUCGAAAGAAAUAAGGGCAAUAUACGAACAUAUUCGGGACGGAUCGAUCAAGAAGCUCCUAGCUGAAAACUUCAUCACAUGGACCUUCCACACACCGCUCAGCCCGCAAAGCGGAGGCCAUUUCGAGAGACUAAUCGGAUGCGUGAAAAAACCGCUGAGGCGAAUUUUAGGCACAGCGAUCCCACAUUUUCGAGAUCUGGAAAUCAUACUCACGGGAGUCGAGGCGAUGGUCAAUCGACGCCCGUUGACUCCAGUGGCGACCGGUCCGGACGACGUUGAAGCACUUUGUCCAUUCGAUCUCAUUUACGGUAGACGAGGACGUACCUUCAUGCCUCAGCACGACCUGACGCCCCACACGAAAGCGGACGAAGGAAGAUCGAUAUUUCAGAAGCGUUACCAGUACCAACAAAGACUACUUAAUGCAUUUUGGAAACGCUAUCAGGGGGAAUAUCUGCAGUUCCUAUCCACGGCUCAUAAACGUUUCCCACGCAAGACGAAACCGCUGGAGAUCGGGGAUAUCUGUCUGCUUGAGGACACAGCGAACAAUAGAGCGGUUUGGCCCUUGUGCAAAGUGAUCGCGUUUCCGGACAAUGUGCCAGCGGCCGAGUCGAGAUCAUGCACCGUCAGAACAGCCAGAGGACAAACGCUAAUUCGCCCUAUCAGAAUACUCUACCCUAUUACGGAAUCGACCCUAGGAUAA